AUGAGUAGAUUAUAGAAUAUAGAAUAGCUCAGUUUUAAUAUAAUCAUGGCAGACGAAGUUAAGACCGAGUCGGUCGUCACAGAAACGACUGACAUGACAGGAGCAGCGAAGAUUUACUACACACUCGCCGUGGAGAAAAUCAAAGAUGUUGUGUCUUCACUUCCUGAUGAUAUCCGGCCUGGCCCUGACUUAUAUGGACUGCCAUGGGAAGCUGUGGUUUUCACUGGAUUUUUAGGUUUAUUCACACUGCUUCUGUUCAGCUGCAGGUUCAUUCAUUCUAUCAGAAGUCGACUAUAUGCAAGUAAAGAAAAG